GCGGGGCGAGCGGCGGCGCGGCGCGGCAACAUGGCGACGGUGCCCGUGUACUGCGUCUGCCGGCUCCCCUACGACGUUACCCGCUUCAUGAUCGAGUGCGACGCCUGCAAGGACUGGUUCCACGGCAGCUGUGUUGGGGUAGAAGAGGAGGAGGCACCAGACAUCGACAUCUACCACUGCCCGAACUGUGAGAAAACCCACGGGAAGUCCACCUUAAAGAAGAAGCGGACUUGGCACAAACACAGCCCCGGGCAGACUCCCGACGUGAAGCCCGUGCAGAACGGCAGCCAGAUCUUCAUCAAGGAGCUGCGGAGUCGGACUUUCCCAAGUGCUGAGGACGUGGUGUCCCGUGUGCCCGGCAGCCAGCUCACACUGGGCUACAUGGAGGAGCACGGCUUUACGGAGCCCAUCCUUGUCCCUAAGAAGGAUGGGCUAGGCCUGGCUGUUCCCGCGCCAACAUUCUACGUGAGUGAUGUUGAGAACUAUGUAGGGCCAGAGCGGAGUGUGGACGUGACAGACGUCACCAAGCAGAGGGACUGCAAGAUGAAGCUGAAGGAGUUUGUGGAUUACUACUACAGCACCAACCGCAAGCGGGUCCUCAACGUCACGAGCCUCGAGUUCUCCGAUACCAGAAUGUCAAGCUUUGUGGAACCACCCGACAUUGUGAAGAAACUUUCCUGGGUGGAAAACUACUGGCCUGAUGAUGCGCUGCUGGCCAAGCCCAAAGUGACCAAGUAUUGUCUAAUCUGUGUGAAGGACAGUUACACCGACUUCCACAUUGACUCCGGGGGCGCCUCCGCCUGGUACCAUGUGCUCAAGGGGGAGAAGAUCUUCUAUCUCAUCCGGCCGGCCUCUGCCAACAUCUCCCUGUACGAGCGCUGGCGGUCAGCCGCCAACCACAGUGAGAUGUUCUUCGCUGACCAGGUGGACAAGUGCUACAAGUGCACCAUCAAGCAGGGGCAGACCCUCUUCAUUCCCUCAGGCUGGAUCUACGCCACACUCACCCCUGUGGACUGCCUGGCCUUCGCGGGACACUUCCUCCACAGUUUGAGUGUGGAGAUGCAGAUGAGAGCAUAUGAGGUGGAAAGAAGGUUGAAACUCGGCAGUCUGACUCAGUUUCCCAACUUUGAAACGGCUUGCUGGUACAUGGGGAAGCACCUGCUAGAGGCAUUCAGAGGCUCUCACAAGACUGGGAAGCAGCUUCCCCCUCACUUAGUCCAAGGGGCUAAAAUUCUCAAUGGCGCUUUCAGGUCAUGGACGAAAAAGCAGGCUUUGGCAGAGCAUGAGGACGAACUCCCCGAGCACUUCAGGCCCUCACAGCUCAUCAAGGACCUGGCCAAAGAAAUCAGGCUCAGUGAGAAUGCUUCUAAAGUUGUCCGGCCGGAAGUGAACGCUGUUGCCUCCCCAGAUGAGGUCUGUGAUGGGCACCAGGAGAAGGAGGAACCCCCAUCUCCCAUUGAGGCCACCCCACCUCGAUCACUCCUGGAGAAGAUGUCCAAAAAAAAGACUCCCAAGACUGUGAAGAUGCCCAAACCGUCCAAAAUCCCCAAGCCCCCCAAGCCUCCGAAACCCCCCAAAGCUCUGAAACUCAAGGACGGAAGCAAGAAGAAAGGGAAGAAGUGCAGGGAGUCGGCCUCGCCCACCAUCCCCAACCUGGACCUGCUGGAGGCCCACACCAAGGAGGCGCUGACCAAGAUGGAGCCGCCCAAGAAGGGAAAGGCCCCGAAGAGUGUCCUGAGUGUUCCCAAUAAGGACACAGUCCACACGCAGAAUGACGUGGAGAGGCUGGAGAUCCGAGAACCAACUAAGAGCAAGUCAGAGGCCAAGUGGAAGUACAAGAACAGCAAACCCGACUCCUUACUGAAGAUGGAGGAGGAGCAGAAGCUGGAGAAGUCACCCCUGGCUGGAAACAAAGACAAGUUUUCCUUUUCCUUCUCCAACAGGAAGCUCCUGAGCUCCAAGGCUCUGAGGCCCCCGAGCAGCCCGGGUGUGUUUGGAGCCUUGCAGAACCUCAAGGAGGACAGGGCCAAGCCCGUUCGGGACGAGUACGAGUACGUGUCGGACGACGGGGAGCUCAAGAUAGAUGAGUUUCCCAUCCGCAGGAAGAAGAAUGCCCCAAAGAGGGACUUGUCCUUCUUGUUGGACAAAAAGGAAGCGCUCCCCACGCCCGUCUCAAAGCCAAAGCUGGACUCGGCGGCACGCAAGCAGAGUGACGACUCUUCAGACGAGGGCUCUCUGCACAUCGACACGGACACCAGGCCAGGCCGCAAUGCCAAAGUCAAGAAGGAAAGCGGGAGCUCAGCGGCUGGCAUCCUGGACCUGCUGCAGGCCAGCGAGGAGGUCGGGGCCCUCGAGUACAACCCCAACAGCCAGCCCCCCGCCUCCCCCAGCACACAGGAAGCCAUUCAGGGAAUGCUGUCCAUGGCCAACCUGCAGGCCUCUGACUCCGGCCUGCAGACCUCGUGGGGGGCCGGCCAGGCCAAGGGCAGCUCACUGGCGGCCCACGGUGCCCGGAAAAACGGGGGGAGCAGCAAGAGCGCCGGCAAGCGCCUGCUGAAGAGGGCCGCCAAGAACAGCGUGGACCUGGACGAUUACGAGGAGGAGCAGGACCACUUGGACGCCUGCUUCAAAGACUCGGAUUAUGUUUACCCCUCACUGGAGUCUGAUGAAGACAACCCUGUCUUCAAGUCCCGGUCUAAGAAGAGGAAAGGCUCCGAUGACGCUCCAUACAGUCCCACAGCAAGGGUAGGCCCGUCGGUGCCCAGGCAGGACCGGCCAGUGCGGGAGGGGACCAGAGUGGCCUCCAUUGAGACGGGGCUGGCCGCUGCCGCAGCGAAGCUGUCCCAGCAGGAGGAGCAGAAAAGCAGGGGGAAGAAAAGCACCAAAAAGAAGCUGACUCCCAACACCACCUCCACCUCCGCCUCCGCCUCCACCGGCACCACCUCAACCUCCACCACCCCGGCCUCCACCACCCCGGCCUCCACCAGCACAGCCAGCAGCCAGGCCUCACAGGAGGGCAGCUCCCCCGAGCCCCCAACCGAGUCGCACAGCAGUAGCCUGGCUGACCACGAGUACACAGCGGCUGGCACCUUCGCGGGGGGCCAGGCUGGUCGCACCUCCCAGCCCAUGGCCCCCGGAGUCUUUCUCACACAGAGGCGGCCUUCUGCAUCAUCCCCCAACAACAACACCGCUGCCAAAGGAAAACGUACAAAGAAGGGCAUGGCCACUGCCAAGCAAAGGCUCGGGAAGAUUUUGAAAAUCCAUCGGAAUGGGAAACUGCUCCUCUGAGGCUUGGGAAGCCAGGAUCCUUCUGCUGUGCUCAGGACCCCGGAGCCCCGCUGUACCAGCCCCCCAGGAGGGUGGCCUCCACCCUGCCCAGGGAGGGCCUUGCCUCCUCCCAGCCACCUCUCCCCCACGCAAGCCGGCGGGGCAAGUGGAGCGUGGCCGUCCCUCAUUUCAAGUACGGACAUCCUUUCUCACGUUGCUUAGAGUGACCAGUUCCCGAAAAGCGGCCCUGCCAGUCUGAGGACCAUUCCAGGUUCAGGUCAGCCUCCGGGCGUCCCGCCGAGUGCCGUGGGGCACAGGGCCUCCGCAGCUCUGCUUGGGAGCAUGAGUCCUUCGAGGAAGGCACAGUGAGCCACGCUCACCAGCUACCAGCCCGUCUGAGCUGGCCACAGGCUGAAAGCCUCCAAAGGCUUAAAAAAAGGCAAAGGACACAGAGAACGAGGAGGAGCCACUGAUGUUAACACAUCCCCUCCCCCCUCUUCCUGAGUCAGUCUCAGAGAACCAGUGAGAAGAGGUCCCCCAAGCUUCUUGGCUGGCAGGUCGCAGGCUAGAUAGUGGGUAUGACACCCGGAAUGUCCAGGGGACAUUUCUUGGGGUGGCCAGGACCUGCAAUUAGGUUGGUAUGUUAGUAGGUGGAGGAGCCAUUGUGGAGUCCCUAGGGAAGGAUGAAGAGGACUCAGUCACGUCUCGGGGUCCAGGGGACCCAGGCCAAGCCACGUGGAGGGCCCCGCUCUAGAGCAGCACUUCUUGGCCAAGGCGACCUGCCCUUAGAUAGUCUGGUGGGCAGGGCUGUGGGGCCUGAGCACGCAAGGUGGGCGCUUGUUCGUUGUCCCAUGUUGGGUGUGUGGCAUGGCCAGCGUGGGCCAUCCUGGAUGGCAUGUCCGCCCAUCAACACGGAGGGGCUGGGUUUGUUUCUCAGGCAAUCCUGUAUUUUAAUUUUAGAUGUAUUUCCUGAAGCAUAUUUUUUCAUAGAAUGUAGCGUGUAAAUAGCUUUUUAAAUGACUUCUUUUUUAUAAGAGUAAAAGUAUCUUUAGGAAUUUCUUUCUAUAGAGUCCUUCAUUAACCUUUAUACGAGUUUUUUGCCGACUAUGAUGGACAGUUGGGUUCCAGUGCUUUUUCCUUUUCCUUCUUCUUUCUUUUCGUUGUUAUCCUUCUUUUCUUCUUAGGAACUAAGGUAUUGCCUGAAAAACAAGUGUCGUGGCGCAGCCUUAUCCUCUGUCUUUACAGAAGCAAGCCGUACACAGAUCUGCAGGCGCGCGCUCAAGCCGCGUCUUCAAUUUCAUACCAGCUCUUUGCUUUCCUUGUCUGACGAGGGGGUCGGGGGUACAGUUAUUUUACUAGCACCUUGUGAAGUGUUUCUGUGUUUUGUGAUGCUGUAAUUUAUUAAUGUUUGUAGCUUUUUAUAUUUGUACAUUUCUUAUGAGCUUUGUUUAUACACCCGUUACCUGGAUGUUUCGUCCAUGAGGAGAAGCAGCUUGGCGGAGGCCUUAUCCACUCCCACCUGUCCUGUUCGGAGGGACACUGACCCCAGGGCCUGAGGCUAGGAGAGGAGAGUCUCGCGGGCCCCGGGCUCACUCAGAACUGGUGUUUUUAAAGUUUUCCUUGACUGUCCUUGUGAACAUUUAUAUAAUCUUAACCGGGCAUCAAGCUGUCUCUCUUUUUCUCUUUUUAAUUUUAUUAUUAUUUUGGCAACAUGUACAUUUCUAACAAAGUUUAUCGUGGCUAUUAAAGUGUUUUAUUUCCCAAUUCAUAUUACUCUUGUAUCGAGUCCAUGAGGUCUAAGGUGACUUAGACCAAAGUUUUAAAAAAGUAAAAAUAUUUCAGGUUUUGUACAGAGC